AUACGAGUUAUUUUUAUUGCAAUAAUUCCUGGGGACCCAAAGAAGGAGACUGUGUUGAAGAAACGAGUCUCCGAUGAGAUCCUAGAAAAACCUUUUGGCUUCUUUCUUCUCCUCAGCCUCGGAAACGAAAAUGCCGAAAGGUCACUCAGUGCCUUGGCCACGCGGUCAGCCCCAGAGCCAGCCGUUUGCACCCCAGUCCCGGUCCUCGCCUGCAGCCACUCCGCCGCACCCGGCCACCUGUUGCUGCCCUCGCGCCCGGAGCCGAGUCGCAAGCCGCCGCUAGAGUUCGUUCUAAUUCCCUGGAGCAAAGGCUGGCCGGGAAACCCCGACGCUCCGAGCCUGCUAAUCUUCAGGGCAGGCGGGGACUCCGCAGGGCCUCCCAGCCCCAGGCUCUCUUUGUCUCCUCGCGGCGCUCAGAACAUCAAAAGUCAACCCCAGACAGCGUCCUCUCCCACUCUUGGCUCGUGCGCGCUCGCGCUCAGCUCACACCUGGGAGAUGCUGACGCGUCGAGACGCCCACGGAGGGGAAAAGGGUUCAUCCUGGCAGGACCCGGAGGCGCAGACAGGUUGUUCUCCGUGAGAUUCCAGAGCGUCUCCUGAAUCCCAAAUCCCUUAGAGCUCCUUAGCUGAACACUGUAGCAGCAGCGCUGCGCCCCAAACGCAAGUUCGCGGUUGCGGAGGCCGUAGGCGGAGAGCAGCGACAUCCCGACUCGCCUUCGCUCUAAGGAGCCCAAAGGGAGAUCCAGGGGGAGGCAACAGUUAGGGAUGCCCUCCCGCCAGGAACGCCGGAGUCGCAAUUUCGAAAGUGACCCGCCUCGCUUCCGAGGGACUUGCCUAUGAGCGCCGCGGGGGUGUGCAUUUCUGGAAGUCUGAGAAUCCCAGAGAACGCUGGCCGGCAAGAGUUUUUAAGUCAGCUCCCGGGGCGUCUGUUUGUUUAUUGACGCUUAGGGGGAAAGUUUGAGGAUGUUUAACCAACCUCAGACCUGGCGCAAGCGAAAAUCUCAGACUCUCUUGGGUAAAAGUCCUCUAAUUUCGAGUCGUUAUAUAAGUAGGGGCUCUUUCUUACCCUGCCUACCCUAAGCGCUCUCGUUCCUAUUUCAGGAGUUAAAUGUGUCUCGCUUAAAAAAAAAUUUUUUUUUUUAAGUUGUCAUUAUUUCCCUGAGUCCAAAGGCGGGAGAACGCGCAGGCCGCGCCCCGGGGCGCGCGGCGGCCCCACCCUUGCGCUGCGGGAGGGACGCGGGGUCCCGGGUGCCGCCGGCUCGCGCUGGAGCAGCCGCGCCCCGCAGUCCCUCCGUCCGCCACUCCACGUGGUCGGGAUCAACAGUUUGCUGAGCUCAUCUGUGACACCUUGAACUUUUAAUAAAGAAAAUGGGUAUUGCACCGGGAGGGUUCGGCCGCGGCCGCCUCGCCGGGUCCUGCUUAAUAUUCAAUGAUCUCGCUCGCGCCUCCCCCUCCUCCCCUAGCAGAAAUUCCACCGAGUCCGUUACUGGGCUCAGACUUUUAACUUAAUUUACGGGGCCCCCACCCCAACCUUGGCUAGUAACCAGCGCCUUGAGGGCUAGCUUUCCCCCCUCCCACCCCUCUAGCUCCCGCCUGAAAAUUGACAUUUCGCCGGCGUCUCCGGAGGGAGCUGAAUUUCACUUUGUAACUUUCUGCGGAACCCGAGCCCGGGUGGCAGCUCGGGUGGUGGUAUCGUAUGCAAAUACGCAUGCUGACGUUACAGAUCAUGUGGGUUUUGGCGUAGAUUCCCCACUGAUCGAGACAUUUUUUCCCCCCUUUUUUUUCCUUCCCCCCCCCUUUUUAAAAAUUUUGGCCACUGUUCUCCGUACGGGGGCUUCUGUCUGUCUGUCUGGCUGGCAGGCUGGCUUGGCCCCCUCUUUCCCACGGAGCCCGAGCCGGGCGCCCGGUGGGGAGUGGGGAGUGGGUGGGGGGGGAGCCAGCAGAGUUCCAUUUUGGAACGCCCCUGUGCCGCGUCUCCGCGUUCCCAGCCCGGGUCCCCGCGCUCCCAGCCCCCGGCGCAGGUCUUGACGCACUAACUGCUCUGAAGUCAAAGUAAAAAGAUUCCCAGGAUGUAAGCAACACGGGAACUGGCGGAUUCUUUACCACUAGCACCACCUGGGAAGCCGUGACCUGCCACAGUGCCUACCACAAAAGCACUGCCUGCCUGCCCUCGAAGGAGAGUCUCAGAAGCUGGUGGUGGCACCUGAGAGCGGAACCAGAAGGCAGGACCCACAUCCUGGUCACAGGUAUGAUGCUGCCUCUUGCGUUCUGCCGUUGGAACAGUUAGUUUUCUGUGCCGAAAUCAUUUCGGGAAACUCAAGCACUAGAUUUCAGCGUUCAAGGGAAGCCAAAGCCAUUGGAGGGGGCAGUAAAGCCAAAACCCUUUUAUCUGAGUAGUUCCAAAAAUUUCACUGCCCCUUCCCCAUCCGCCCCCAUCCCCCAAGUAAGCCAUUGCACACAGACAGGCAGCAUGGCAAGCAAACGGAAAUCCACCACCCCGUGCAUGGUUCGGACAUCACAAGUGGUAGAACAAGAUGUGCCCGAGGAAGCAGACAGGGCCAAAGAGAAAGGAAUUGGCAUGCCACAGCCUGAAACAGCCAAGGACACGUGGGCAGUGGAACCUGAAAACUCUUCCAAAGAAAAUGAAGUGAUAGAGGUGAAAUCUACAGGGGAAAACCAAUCCAAAAAGCUCCAAGGUGGUUACGAGUGCAAAUACUGCCCCUACUCCACGCAGAACCUGAAUGAGUUCACGGAGCACGUUGACAUGCAACACCCCAAUGUGAUCCUCAACCCCCUCUACGUGUGUGCCGAAUGUAACUUCACAACCAAAAAGUACGACUCCUUGUCUGACCACAACUCCAAGUUCCAUCCCGGGGAGACCAACUUCAAGCUGAAGCUCAUCAAGCGCAAUAAUCAGACCGUCUUGGAGCAGUCCAUUGACGCCACCACCCACAUCGUGUCCAUCACCGCCAGCGGCCCCGGAAGCGGGGAUGGCGGCCCCGGAAGCGCGGAUGGCGACCCCGGGAUCUCAGUGAGUAAAACCCCCAUCAUGAAGCCAGGGAAACCAAAAGCCGAUGCCAAGAAGGUGCCCAAGAAGCCAGAGGAGGCCACCCCCGAGAACCACGUGGAAGGGACCGCCCGCCUGGUGACGGAUGCCGCUGAGAUCCUCUCGAGACUCGGGGGCGUGGAGCUCCUUCAGGACUCGCUUGGACACGUCAUGCCUUCUGUCCAGCUCCCACCAAAUAUCAACCUUGUCCCCAAGGUCCCCGUCCCGCUGAACACUACCAAAUACAACUCUGCCCUGGACACCAAUGCCACCAUGAUCAACUCCUUCAACAAGUUCCCCUACCCGACCCAGGCAGAGCUGUCCUGGCUGACAGCAGCUUCCAAACACCCAGAAGAGCACAUCAGAAUCUGGUUUGCCACCCAGCGCUUAAAGCACGGCAUCAGCUGGUCCCCAGAGGAGGUGGAGGAGGCCCGGAAGAAGAUGUUCAACGGCACCAUCCAGUCCGUCCCCCCGACGAUCACUGUGCUGCCCGCCCAGUUGGCCCCCACGAAGAUGUCACAGCCCAUCCUCCAGACGGCUCUCCCAUGCCAGAUCCUCGGCCAGACCAGCCUGGUGCUGACUCAGGUGACCAGCGGGCCAGCGACCGUCUCCUGCUCCCCCAUCACACUCGCCGUGGCUGGAGUGACCAACCACGGGCAGAAGAGACCUCUGGUGACUCCCCAGGCUGCCCCCGAGCCCAAGCGCCCCCACGUCGCUCAAGUGCCAGAGCCCCCACCCAAGGUGGCCAACCCCUCGCUGACCCCAGCCAGCGACCGCAAGAAGACCAAGGAGCAGAUAGCGCACCUGAAGGCGAGCUUCCUGCAGAGCCAGUUCCCCGACGACGCUGAGGUCUACCGGCUCAUCGAGGUGACCGGCCUCGCCAGGAGCGAGAUCAAGAAGUGGUUCAGCGACCACCGGUACCGGUGUCAACGAGGCAUCGUCCACAUCACCAGCGAAUCCCUCGCCAAAGACCAGCUGGCCCUUGCUGCCUCCCGCCACGGCCGCACAUACCAUGCGUACCCAGACUUCACCCCACAGAAGUUCAAAGAGAAAACCCAAGGUCAGGUGAAGAUCCUGGAAGACAGCUUUCUGAAAAGCUCUUUCCCGACCCAAGCGGAACUGGACAGGCUGAGGGUGGAGACGAAGCUGAGCCGGAGAGAGAUCGACUCCUGGUUCUCAGAGAGGCGCAAGCUUCGGGACAGCAUGGAGCAGGCCGUCCUGGAUUCCAUGGGGUCUGGCAAGAAAGGGCCAGAAGUGGCGGCCCCCAACGGUGCUCUGUCCCGACUUGACCAGCUCUCCAGUGCCCAGCUGGCCAGCUCUCUGCCCAGCCCCUCACCAGCGAUUACAAAAAGUCAAGAACAGGUUCAUCUCCUGAGAAGCACGUUUGCCCGAACCCAGUGGCCGACCCCUCAGGAGUAUGACCAGCUGGCGGCCAAGACCGGCCUGGUGCGAACUGAAAUCGUGCGCUGGUUCAAGGAGAACAGAUGCUUGCUCAAAACUGGAACCUUGAAGUGGCUAGAGCAGUACCAGCCACAGCACGUGGUGGACGAUCACGGCUAUGAUGCCCCGUUGAGGAAAGUGGUCAAGACCGUCAUCACCGAGAACCCGAAGAACGGGAGCGAGGGGGGUCAUCAGUACUACAAGGACCCCAAAAAGCUCUGUGACGAGGACCUGGAGAAGCCGGGACCCAGAGGGAAGGCAGGUGGCGACCAGGUGAAAGACAAUUUGCCAGCAAAGCCCUCGGAGGCCACAUCGGACCGGUCGGAGGGCAACAGCCGAGAUGGCCAAGCCAGCGACGAGAACGAGGAGUCAGGCGUCGUGGAUUGGGUGGAGGUGACGGUCGGAGAGGAGGACGCCGCCUCCGACAGGUCGGACAGUUGGAGUCAGACAGCAGCAGAAGGCGCGGGGGAGCUGGCCGACUCGGACUCGGACAGCGGCCCGGCGGAGCCUGGCCAGGCCUAGACAGGGAAGUCCAUCAGAACUGCCGUGCUGAUGCAGGGAAUAAUCUGUCUUCAAAGAAAGAAGAGAACUUCUCUCCCCGGCUGAGGGCCGCCCUGGCCUGAGACUCCAAGUGGAACGACUUCGCUGCGUGUGCCUGCGCUGCCUCUGCGCACACGCACCUCCCCGAGGCCCGGUGGGAAGUGCUCCUAGUGCCAAAGUCCUACUACUGCGUUUUCCACGGGUCCUUGUAAAUAGUUGGCUCCUGCGCCCAGGCCCCCACCUCUUGCUAUACUGGAACCAAUUUGUACGACAUGGGAAUUUUGUUACCUUUUUAACCGAGGGCAACUUCCUUUUCCAGCUCUACCAUUGUAAGGUCUUUUUUCCAGGAGGGAGGGCUGAUCACGUGUGCUUUUCUCUUUUUUUCCUUUUUUAUUUUUAUUAAUUUUGGGGAGGGGGGGUGUUAGCAUUAGUGCCAUUAUAUCUACUGGAUAUUAGGUAGGGCGAGUUCGUUUUUAAAGAUAGUUUGCAAUUUGCGUGAUUUCUUCCGGGGGAAAGGGCUAGGAUUCAGGCCUCUGUCUGAGCUUGGAGAGGGGUUUACGAAUGACAGAUCUUCCAAAUCAAAUCCACUUCUAUAGUUCUUCCCCAGCUGCCUUUGGGGGUCCCUGUUUAGCCAGGCACAAGGCUUUCUGAACUGCCCCAGGCCAGUCUGGUUUUUUCUGAUGGGCUGGCCUCUGAGGUCAGACCUUGGGCCAAGAGAGCUGGGUGGUAGGUGGCUACCCUCUGAGCCCCUUUUUAGAAACCAGCAGAAAGGGCUCACAAGUGCAUUAGCAUUAUCAUUAAUUUUGUGAAAGAAAAACAAAAAGACUGUGCUAUCUGAAUGGUACAAAGAUGAACAGCUUUGGUUUUCAUUUCUCUUCCUAACUGCCUUUUUCAGUGUGGUAUUGAACAAGAUUUCAGCUUGAAGCUUCACCACGAAUUGAUUUUUUGUUUGUUUUGUUUGUGUGUUUGUUUUGGGCCAAUUUUAGAUUGAUGAGUGCACUUUUUUUUUCCUCAGUUAGUCCUAACUUCUAAAGGAAGAAAAACCAAGAGACAUAUCCGGUGUAAAUGUUGCAAUAUCAAUUGUGUUUGCAGUCCCUUCCCCCCAUCCCACUGCCCCCUAUUUGAGUACACUGCACAAAUAAAAUGUUAGGGAGUUUAAAAAAAAAAACAAUUUUUCUAACUUGUUGCUCAUUUGUUGUAACUCAAUAAAGCAAAGACUAAACAUUUUUAUAACCUUC